GCCAAAAUUUGCGUCUAUAUAAAUAGAGAGAGUGCAUUAUUAUUAAUUGUCAAUCCCAUAUAUGCCCUCUCAGCAGAAUAGCUUAUCCAGAUCCAUGGAUUCCCACUCUGCCGGAGACUGGAAUCACGUGGCAAUUCCAGCCGCCGCAAUGACAACCCCUUUGUUGGCCGAACCCGCCCCGAGACGGCGGCGGUCGUCCCCCACAGCCAUCUGCGUCUCGGUAGCCGGAAUACUGGCGGUGGCAUUGCUGUUUGUGGCCGCACUGGAUUACGACACCUCCACUUCACCGCCGCCCACGGCGGCGCGUGGAGUCGCCGAAGGUGUCUCCGCCAAGUCAGCCGGCCAUUAUCUGCUGCGACAGUUAUCAUUUUCGUGGAACAAUCAGAUGCUGGGUUGGCAAAGAAGCGCUUACCAUUUUCAACCCCAAAAGAAUUGGAUGAACGACCCUAAUGGUCCAUUGUUCUACAAAGGAUGGUACCAUCUUUUCUAUCAAUACAACCCAAAGGGCGCAAUAUGGGGCAACAUCGUAUGGGGCCAUGCAGUCUCAAGAGACUUGAUCCACUGGCGCCACCUCCCCAUCGCCAUGACCGCCGACCACUGGUACGACGUCAACGGUGUUUGGACCGGGUCCGCCACGUUCCUCCGUGACGGACAACUCGUCAUGCUCUACACCGGUUCGACCAAUGAGUCAGUGCAGGUCCAGAACCUGGCGUACCCCUCUGACCCGUCUGACCCACUCCUUCUCAAGUGGGUCAAGUACGAGGGUAACCCUGUUCUGGUCCCGCCACCGGGAAUCGGGAACAAGGAUUUUCGUGAUCCCACCACGGCGUGGGCCACGUCCGAGGGCAAGUGGCGCAUUGCUAUUGGAUCUAAGGUCAACAAGACCGGGAUAACGUUGUUGUACGACACCGAGGACUUCAAGAGCUACGAGCGCCUUGAUGGGGCGCUCCACGGUGUGCCGGGUACGGGAAUGUGGGAAUGCGUGGAUUUCUACCCAGUAUCCAAAGUGAGUAAAAACGGUCUCGACACGUCGGACAAUGGCCCUGCCGUGAAACACGUGCUCAAAUCCAGCCUCGACGAUGAUCGAAAUGACUACUAUGCCCUCGGGAGCUACGACGAAGCCUCCGGGAAGUGGACUCCCGACAAUCCCACCAUCGAUGUCGGGAUCGGGUUGAGAUACGAUUACGGGACAUUUUACGCAUCGAAGACGUUUUACGAUCAAGAAACUAAGAGGAGAAUUCUUUGGGGUUGGAUCACUGAGACUGAUAGUGAAUCAUCCGAUGUUCAAAAGGGUUGGGCAUCACUCCAGUCCAUCCCAAGAACAGUUGCAUGGGACGAAAAGACCGGGAGCAAUUUGAAGCUAUGGCCGGUUCAAGAAGUUGAGAAGCUAAGAACAAAAAAGACUGAAUUUGCAAAUGUAGUGGUGAAUCCAGGGACCAUUUUGCCCCUCAAUGUCAGCUCAGCUAACCAGGUGGACAUAGUUGCGGAAUUCGAUGUGGAGAGAGACGCGUUAGAGAGAGCAGAAGCUAGCGGCGAAAGCUACAGUUGCAGCGGUGGUGACGGCGGCGGAGCCGCCAACCGCGGCGCGGUAGGACCGUUUGGUCUGCUAGUUUUGACGGACAGUGAGUUGACUGAACAGACCCCUGUUUACUUCUACAUUACCAAAGACGUAACGGGAAACUUGACGACGUUCUUUUGCGCCGACCACUUGAAGUCCUCUCAGGCAAGCGACGUCGUUAAGGGUAUACACGGCAGUCAAGUGACGUGGUUGAAUGGUGAAAAGCUUACCAUGAGAAUACUGGUUGACCAUUCCAUAGUGGAAAGCUUUGCACAAGGAGGGAGGACUUGCAUAACAUCAAGAGUUUACCCAACAAAAGCAAUAUAUGAGAAUGCCAAACUCUUCUUGUUCAACAAUGCCACUAAGUCCUCAGUCACAGCUUCUGUUAAGGUUUGGCAAAUGAAUUCUGCAGAUUUGGAAUCGGCCGAGUCUUCCUCCCUGUAGAUUUUGUAAUCAAACUAUAUAUCUACUUGUAUUUUAUUUUUAUAUACAUAUAUUUUUGUGUAAUUUUAUCUAUCCACACAAUUCUACUCCUUGUAACUUUGUUUUUUUUCCUUCUUUUGUAACCAAUUGGUUGAAUGUGGUAAAAUGUGAUUUUGAUAUUCCCCGGCUGUCUUCUAGAAAAUAUCUCUCACGCCACAUGAGGAGUUUGUUAUCUUCAACUUAUUCUUAUUGAAAUCAUAUUAAAUCAAAACAAACUAGGCUAGAUCAGACUGUCUUUUUUACCAUAACUCUUUUGACACAUAAAUUCAGUGUCGUAAA